AUGCCUCAACUAACCUGGCUAAUAACAGGCUGCUCCUCCGGCUUCGGCGAACUCUUCACACGCACAGCACUCGCCAGAGGCGAUCGUGUAAUCGCUACAUCACGCUCCUCCGCAUCUACACGUCUAACGCACCUCAAAACCCUAGGCGCCACGAUCCUAGACCUCGACGUCACGCUUCCCCAAGCCGAACUCAACGCCAAAAUCGCCGACGCAAUCGCCAUCUACGGCUCCAUCGACGUGCUCGUAAACGCAGCGGGCUAUAUUGAGGCGGGUAUGGUGGAGGAGUUAGGACAUGAACGGUUAUUGAAACAGUUGAAUACGAAUUUAUUCGGCACCGUCAACGUGACGCGGGUCUUCGAAUGUCUCCGUCUCGAAACCGCCUCCUUCGGCAUCACGUCCAUCCUCUUCCAACUCGGAUUCUUCCGCACCAAGAUCAUGGAUCCGGGGAACCUAGGCGUGAAUCUCGACCCUGACGCCGCUAUCCCGGAUUACGCGGAGCUGAACCAGAUCGUAGGCGGGUUCGUGGCGCAGAUGGAUAAGAAUCAACCUGGGGAUCCGGUUAAGGCGGUGGAUGUGAUGGUGGAUGUGGUGAGGAAGGAGGGCGUUGCGCAGGGGAGGGAGAUCCCGGAGCGGUUCCCGCUGGGGAGCGAUGUUUUGGGGAAGAUUAGGGCGAAGUAUACGAGGUAUUUGGGGGUUUGUGAUGAGUGGGAGGAUGUUAUUAGGGGGACUGAUCUUGAGGGGGUGGAGAGGGGGGAAGCGCGGGUUAAUGUUUGA